AUGCCCGAGUCUACAAGUGAGCUAGGUCAGAUACAAUCCCUCCGCCGUUCUCUCACCCUUCCCACCAAGUUAAAUCCACUGGCGCAACGCCGUUCGAGCGUGCCGAAUACCCCCGAACAUGUAAUUUUCUAUCACCCAUCUUCGAAAAUUGUGCAUUUCUCCCCAAGAGCGCUCGCCCCUAUUCCGUCCAGCUCUGCACCAUCCGACUUUGACUACCCGGUUGACACCAUCGAAACACUCCCUUGGCGCUCUGCGACUGAAAGAACGGUCGCGACAGCGCCACUGAGACUAGAGAAGGUCCAUGGCUCAACGGCAUUCUUGAAAUGUGGAAGUGUUGUCCAUGCGAUUCUGAAAAACUCCCAGUGUUGGUGUGUCGAUGGGGUCUCGAAAUUUGUUUUACGCAUUCGCCCUCUUACAUACUAUCGCAUCGAAUUACCAUACGAGACGGAAGACGACCGGAGUUUGGUGCAAGAUUUAAAGACCGCCUUGCCAACAAUACUUCGGUAUGAGGUCACGCCAUGUCCUUUCAAACGCGCUUUCAGUGUCGAGCUCCCGAACGAUGCGAUGGCACCUCGGCGCAAAAAGGCCUGGCAACCUAAGGACCGGAAAGAAAGGGCACCGACUGUUCUAGAACCUCCGCAAGAAACAUCGUCGCCCUCUUCAAUCAGGUCGGAUUGGGUCGAUUCCGCAAGCACUGGAGAUGACACAGACGGAAACCUAACCGAUGACAGUUGUUUUACUUCCAACAAAGCGAACAGCACAGUUUUGGAGGCGAUUCCCAAUGACCGGGAACACUCUCCUGCUGAGGCUUCGAGCCCUUCCCCAUACCUUGGGCCUCCUAGGCGCUCUGUUACCGAAAUACCACAAACUUUUACGAGCCUCCUUGCAAAAUUUGAGGCCACAGCAGUCGCAGAGGAUGACCAUGACUGUGAACCUGCGUUCAAGCCAGAGUACGCACCAAGUACCGAUGCUGCACUUCAAAUUGAUCAGGAACUCAAGGUUGCAGACCAACUCGAACCUGAGAUUCUAGCCCACGGUGGAGUUGAAGCCGGGCAUGAAUCUGAAGCCGCAUUAGAGCCUGAAUUUAAAGCCGAAGCGCAGCUUGAAUCCAAGCCUUUAUCUGGGCCAGAAGCUAUAUUACAAGCCGAACCGUUCAGCAAAGCUGUAGUUGAAGCGGACAGCGUUAUUUCAGUCGAGCCUGACGCGAUGAUGGCGGCUGAAACUCCAGAGGAAAUUGUAUUCCAUGCCGAACCCACCAGUGCAGUCGAAGCCGAGGCAAUAGUAGAAGGAAAUCUCAUGGAUGUGGAAGAAGUUCAAUCCGUUCAACCCGCUGCGGAGCCCACACUGGAGGUUGACCACGAUGCCUCAUUUGCGUCCAGCCUCGAGUCAUUCCAUUCUGCUGAGCCGCAAUCGCCAGAUUCAGUCUCUACUCAUCCUACAUCUGUGGGGGGCCAUGAUCUGCCAGACCCAACAGAUAUGUUCGAUCUUUCGAGCACAAAACCUCACAUUUCUGCAUCGGAACCAACGCCGGCGGAUCCUUAUAAGACGUCACAGCUCCCAACAUUCAAUAUUCCCCAAAGCGACAACGCCCCAAAGCCGACCAGCGUGCCUACCCCUCCAUUAAUGCAUAUUACAAGUUCGAAUAAUCCGCCCAGGCGCUUCGCAGAUGCGUUCUCGGACACCUCGCCCUCAAUGGCUCCUACAGGAAAUAAGAAUCCACCUAGUCGUUUUACCGAUGCAUCUUCGAAUACUCGCAUGCGCCCGCACCUUCAUGCUAAGACGAGUGCAUUGAAUCCUGAUUUCGACCACAUGAGUACCGAGUUCCGGCGCCGGGCAAAAGCCACAAGAGAGCGCGACGUUUCUCCUAUGCCUCAUUCUUCGGCAUUGUACCAACCAUCUCGUGAUGGCUCAUCGUUCAUUUCCAAGGCUAUCACCCUAGUACUGAUUCCGCCAGCCUAUCUUUUCAUCAUUCUCCUUCAUAUCGCUGCGCGCAUUGUCAUCAACCCGACUGCCCACCCAACCAUCAGCUCCACACCGAGCGAGCCACAUUCUCAUUCCCACCGAACAAAGAAGGAUCCAGCCACAGAGGAUGACUUCAGCUUUCCACUGGAGCCUCAAACUUCUUCGGAAUAUGAGGAUGCUGAAAUCUUCAGGAAACUCGACCCUUGGGAUCUGGACUAG